AUGGCGGUGGGCGCUGUGGCGGACGGAACGGGGGGUGGGCGGAGCGGGAAGGAGGGGGGCGGGGAGAAGGCGGCGAGCACGGCGCGGCUGCUGCGCACCGUGCUGAGCUGGGACUUCUUCCACAUGCUCGCACUCUCCAAGGUGCGCGAGAGGAAGCGGCAGCCCAGGAAGCUCCCCCAACUUCCUGCUGCUGCUGAUGCUGCUGCUGCUGUGGAGGAGAAGGAGGGGGAGGAACGAGAGGCUGAUGAGGCCAAGGACGCUGCGUUGGCUGAUGCAGACGCAGGCACGGAGGCAGCAGCGGCGCUAGUGGCGCAGGGGGAGGGGAUGGAGGUGGAUGGCGGAGAGGCAGGGCAGGGGGAAGGCGGCGCAGGAGCAGAGGAAGCAGCAGAGGAAGCAGCCGCGGAAGAAGAAGAGGCAGCAGCAGAGGGCGAGGGGGAGUUGGAGGGGGAGGAGGAUGAGUUGAGGGAGGUGCCGGUGCAGUUCAGCAGCGCAGAGGAGUAUGUGGACGUGUUCGAACGCCUGCUGCUGGAGGAAUGCCGCGCGCAGAUCCUCCGAGGGGCCGAGGAGCAAGGCGGCAUGGAGAGUCAUCUGGUGGUGGCGGUGCGGUGUGAGCGAGCCAACGAGUUCCACAUGGUGGGGGUGGCGUCCAAGGAGGCCCUCGUGGCGGACUGUCACGACAACGACCUGCUGCUGCUCUCCAAGGAAAAGCCAUGGGGAGGCAGCGCGCUGCCCAGCACAUACGCCAUCGCCAGUGUGGAGUCCCGCGAGACCAAAACGUCUCUGCGCCUGCGACUGUGCCUGGAGGACCCGUGGCAGUGGGCGGACCCCGGGGACCCACCCUCCACCGCAGCAGCAGACGACCAACAGGCCGGAGGAACAGGGGCAGGCGGGGAGGGCACAGAAGCAGGGCCAGCAGAGGGGAAGGGGAAGGCGCUGGGGAGGAGGUGGGGGGUGCGGCAGCGGGCGCGAGCCAACCGGAUGCUGUCGUUCCUGAUGGGGGCGGCGGCAACAGGCGGCAGUGCGUGCUGGGUGAGCAAGCUGUGCAACACGUCCACCAUCUCGCGUGAAUACGCCGCUCUGCGCUCCGCCCCCACGCUGCCCUACAUCCGCACCGUGCUCGCCUCCCACAUGCCCGCCCCGGGGCACACUCAAGCAGCCGCAGCAGCAGGAGGAGCGGGAGGAGGAGGGGAGGAAGAGGAGGAGGGAGGGGGGGGCGCGGGACCGGGGAAGCAGCAGCAGUGGCGGGUGCCGGAGGGGCUGAUGGAGCAUCUGAGUGCGAGCCACAACGAGUCGCAGCUGAGGGCCAUCAAGGGCGGGCUGUCCCGCCGCCCCCUCGUGCUCAUCCAGGGGCCCCCUGGCACCGGCAAGACGCAGGCCAUACUGGGGCUGCUCAGUGUGGUGCUGCAUGGCCGGCCGGCGCACGAGAUGGGGGAUGCCGGCAACGGCGCGCAGCACAUCACGCACAUGACGCGGCUGACAUGGCAGCAGCGGCAGCAGCAGUGGGUGCGAGCGUCCCCCUGGCUGCACGGGGUGAACCCGCGAGAAGCUGUACAGCCAGAUGAUGAGGAGGAGGGUGGUGCAGGGAGCUCGGGAGGCGGUGUCUUUGGCAGCACACAGCAGGUGGAGGUGUUGGGGGGCCAUCGCAAGCAGAGGGCGCACGUGCUCGUGUGUGCGCCCUCCAACGCUGCUCUCGAUGAGAUUGUGCUGCGCCUGCUGCACACAGGCCUGAGGGACGACAGUGGAGGCAUGUAUUCACCGUCGGUGGUGCGCGUGGGGCUCAACGCUCAUCACUCCGUCGCCUCUGUCGCCAUGGAUAACCUGGUAUCUCAGCGAGCCAGCAGCAUGGCACGGUCAGCAGCGGGGGUGGGAGCCAAGACAGCAGGGGCAGGCGGGGUGGAGCGAGACAGAAUACGAGUCGCCAUUCUCGACGAGGCUGCCAUUGUGUGUUCAACGCUCGCGUUCGCAGGGUCAGGUGUCUUCUCGCGCAUGUCACGGCCAUUCGACGUGGUGGUCAUUGACGAGGCGGCUCAAGCGGUGGAGCCAUCAACGCUCAUCCCAAUGACUCACGGGUGCUCGCAGGUGUUCAUGGUGGGGGACCCGCUGCAGCUGCCAGCCACUGUGCUCUCCACACGCGCCGUGCACUACGGGUACCAUGGCAGCAUGUUCUCUCGCCUGCAGCAAGCGGGGUACCCUGUGGUCAUGCUCAACACACAGUACCGCAUGCACCCCAUGAUCCGGCACUUCCCCUCGCACGAGUUCUACGGCGGCGCAUUGAGGGACGCGCCGCAGAUGGCGCAGAACACGGCGCGGCCGUGGCACGCUGAGCGCGUGUUCGGGCCGUUGUUCUUCUUCGACCUGCACCAGUCCAAGGACGAGCAGCCUCCGGGCGGCUCGUGGAUGAACAAGGACGAGGCGGAGUUUGUGAUGGUGCUGUACCGCCACCUGGUGGCGCUAUACCCGCAACUCAAGGAGUCCUCUGACGUCGGUGUCAUCUCCCCGUACAAGCACCAGGUGAAGCUCCUGCGAGACAAGUUUCGAGAGCUGCUGGGCGAGGGGGCUCAUAGAGUGGAUGUCAACACCGUUGACGGAUUCCAGGGCCGAGAAAAGGACGUGAUCAUAUUCUCGUGUGUGCGGGCGGGGAGGGGCAAGGGCAAGAGCAUCGGGUUUCUGUCAGACUAUCGGCGCAUGAAUGUCGGCAUCACACGCGCCCGCUCCUCCAUGCUCGUGGUGGCGAAUGCAGCAGCGCUGAUGGUGGACGAGCAUUGGGGCAACCUGGUCAAGCAUACCCGCUCCACCAACCGAUACCUCAAGGUGUCACGCCCCUUCCACCGCAUCUUCGCCAGUGACCAUCUGGAGAAGAUGAGAGCAGUGGCCCAUGCCGAGGGGGAGGGGGAGGGAGCGCCAGGAGCGGAAGCAGGAGGAGCACCAGCAGCAGCAGCAACAGGGCCUGCUUUCAAGAAAGCUCCCACACUGGAGGAUUUCGGGGGAAAGCUGGACAAGGGGGAUGGGGGGUUGGGUGGGGAAGGGGAUGGGGUGGGGGAGGGAGUAGGGGAGGAGGAGGGGGGGGAGGGGAUUGGGGAGGAGGAGGAGUUUGAGGUGGCGGUCGAGGCGGGGGACUUUGAUGAGGACAACAUCGACGGCGAGGGGUCAGUGUCGACUCAAAAUCAGUUUGAGGUGGCGGUGGAGGCGGGGGACUUCGAUGAGGACAACAUUGAUGGGAAGGGGUCAGUGCACUUCUCUCUCCCCCUGCUGUACCUCCUGCCCCUUGCCUUGCUUCCUGCCUAUUUUGUCUAUUGCAUCUGA